AUGUGCAGAUCAGAGCCAUUUCUGAAGAUGUCCCUUCUGGUUCUGCUUUUCCUGGGAUUGGCAGAAGCCUGUGUUCCUCGUGAAGUUGCAAUUGAAGAAAAAAGUUUGCUGAGCCUCCAGGUUUUGAAUGAAGAAACGAAUGACUGCAAGGAAACAGUUAAGCCUUUCCCAGCUACCGCCCCUCCCAAGAAACUGAGGAGAAACAGUUGGAACUUUUGGAAAUGUGCCUACAUGAUGAUGACCUUCUUAUUUGUGUCCUACAAUAAAGGAGACUGGUGUUACUGCCACUACUGUAGCCCAGAAGUGGAUUUCAGAAAUUGUGGCAAAGUACACCUAAAAUUUACCAUCAGUGGCAUUUAG